GUGACCAGAGGCCAGGACGGAGGAGGGUGCCCCUCUACCCGGCAGGUGGGGGUACUUUGCUGCACCCAGGCAGCCUGACCUGAGGCCAUGGUGAUCCAACAGGUGGGCAGCAGGGGGCGAGUGGCAGCCGAGAGUCUUGAAAGGAGAAGGGGCAGUCGCUGUGAGGACAAGAAACAGACGCUGUUGGCGUUGCUGAUCUUGGUCCUGUACGUGGGCACAGGAAUAUCAGGAAGAAGUUGGGAGGUGUCAGAAAGGAUCAGAGAAUGUAACUAUCCCCAGAAUCCUGUGGCUUCCCAGGGAUUUGAAUACCAGACCGAUGAACCCGCAGAAGAGCCAAUAAAGGUCAUCAGGACCUGGCUGAAGGAACACUUGCACGUUUUCUUGGAGAAGCUAGAAAAAGAGGUGCAGGAGUUGGAGCAGCUGGUACAGGACCUGGAGGGGUGGUUAGAUGCCCUUCUGGGAGAGGGGCACCCGGAGGAUCCCUGCUCCAGCUUCAAGAACGGCAAGACAAUAAAAUACCCGAGACCCUGAGAACUUUGCCGGCACCACGGCUGGUUCACGAACGAAUGCCAUCAGAAGGACACCAGGGCCCUGCUGAGAUAGCCUCCAGGGCACCAGGACUCCGGGAUGCCAGAACGAAGCCAGCCUCCGGGGCAGAACCCUUGCCCACUUCCCCGAGAUCCGGCACAAAUCCCCUAACCUCUCUGAGACGCAAGUGCCUCAUGAGGAAAAAUCAGGGUCACAAAUUUGCCUCCCAGCACUAUGAGGGUGUAUAUGUAGAGUGCCUGAUAGAUAGGUCUUCCUUUCUUUCACUCCUUUUCCUUCCUCCCCGGAACUUAGCGAGACGAGUCUGGUUCUAGAGUAUAUAGAUGUUAAUGUGGCAGCUCAACCCUCUGGCCCCGCUUCUAGCAGCAUCAAUUGCCAAAACCCCUGUGCAGGGCAAUGUGGUGACAGCUAUGAAAUUCACAAAUGCAUUUACCACUUGACCCAGCAAUCUGCCUCAGGGAUUUAUCUCCUAUAAAUGUGUGAAAUAUAUAUUUAUCAUAUAUAUUCUACAUAUAUACUUGUCAUAGUUAUAGCAUUAUAUAAUUAUGUAUAACAUAUAUAUUAUAUUGAAAUAUAUACUUACAACACAUAUACAUACAUGUGUGAAAUUAUACGUACGUAAUGUUACUCUCCUAGCUUCGUUUAUAAUAGCAAAACAAAGGAAACAACCUAAAUGAUUAUCCAUAGGUCCCAGGUUAAAUUAGGUAAAUUUAAGUAAAUUAGGCCCCUGUAGGUAUGAAAGAGAAUGAGGGAGCUUUUCUACUGAUAUGGAAAAGUCUACAAGAAAGGUUGUUAAAUGAAAGAAAUCAAGGUAUAAGAAGAGCCUGGGAAUAAGAAUCUGUAUUUUGUUGAUGAUGAUGAUGAUGAUGACGACGAUAUUACUGAAUGUGCAUAAAAACUAGUAGGAUACAGGGGCGCCUGGGUGGCGCAGUCGGUUAAGCGUCCGACUUCAGCCAGGUCA